CUUUAAAAAGCUUCCAAUUGCCGGCCGGAUCCACUUGUCCCAUCUUAACCGUCACAAAAACGAAAAAACCAACAUUUCCGUCGUCUAAAACUUCGUCGUUCUCAUCAAAACCCUAAUUUCACUGGUUUUACGCCCUCCGUACACCACCAAUAAAACCCUAAUUUCACCUUUCAUCUUCCAACCCUCAUCCCCCAAUCAAAUUCCCUAAAAAACAACCACUCGAAACCCUAAUUUCAUACAAUUAGGGUUUCAAAAUCAAACUCAUGGAAGAAGACCUCAAAUCAACCCGAUUACAACCCGAUUCAACCGAAUUCACCGACACCGUAUUCAACUGCGUGGUGCCGUAUAUCCACGACCACCGUGACCGGAGCUCUGUCUCUCUAGUCUGCCGGAAAUGGUGCGAACUCGACGGCGUCACACGUAAGCACGUCACCAUCGCCAUUUGCUACUCCACGACGCCGUUACGCCUCAGUCAACGCUUCCCUCUCCUCGAAUCGUUGACCGUUAAAGGUAAACCCCGUGCCGCCAUGUUUGACCUAAUUCCUGAAAAUUGGGGCGGGUUUGUUACCCCAUGGGUCAGAAUAAUUGAUGAUAAGUUGAAUUGUUUGAGAUGUUUGCAUUUUCGACGUAUGAUUGUUAAAGAUUCGGAUAUUGACUUGUUGACUAGAAGCAGAGGGUCUGAACUUAGGGUUUUGAAGCUUGAUUUGUGCUCGGGUUUUUCGACCGAUGGGUUGUUGCGAAUUGGGAAGUUAUGUGGGAAUUUGAGGGUUUUAUAUUUGCAGGAGAGUUUGAUUGUUGAGAAAGAUGGAGAAUGGUUACAUGAACUCGCUUUGAAUAACUCGGUUCUCGAGUCGUUGAACUUUUACAUGACUGAUCUUGGUAAGUUUAGUUUUAAAGAUCUUGAACUUAUCGCGAAAAACUGUAGGGAAAGUUUGGUGUCUGUUAAAAUUAGCGAGUGUGAUGUUGCGGAUCUUGCGGAGUUUUUUAACAAUGCGGUGAGGUUAGAAGAGUUUGGGGGCGGUGCGUUUAGUAAUCAGCCGGAUAAGUAUACGGGGUUGAAGUUUCCGCCGUUGUUGAAAUGUGUGGCGUUGAAUUACAUGAGUCAGACUGACAUUCCAGUUGUGUUACCGUUCGCUUCGAGGAUAACGAAGCUUGAUCUUUUGUACGCUCUGUUUGAUACGGAUGAUCAUUGUUUUUUGGUUCAAAGGUGCCCGAAUUUGGAGGUUCUUGAUACUCGUGACGCGAUUCGAGAUAGGGGGUUAGAGAUUUUGAGUCAGUAUUGCAAGAAGUUGCGUCGGAUUAAGAUUGAACGAGGGGAUGACGAGGAGGGUUUCGUUUCGCAAACGGGGUUGAUUUCUUUAGCGCGAGGUUGUCUUGAGUUGGAAUGUUUGCAUGUGAAUCUUACGGAUAUUUCAAACGAAGCGUUGGAAUGCGUCGGAACUCAUUUGAAAAAGCUUUAUGAUUUCCGAAUGAUUUUGCUCGAUAAAGAAGAAAGAAUUACAGAAUUGCCAUUGGAUAACGGGGUUCGAGCUUUGCUUAACGGGUGUAAUAAGCUAGAACGGUUAGGUGUGUAUCUUCGGCCCGGUGGUCUGACCGAUGUCGGGUUGGGCUAUAUCGGGCAGUAUGCACAAAACGUGAGAUACAUGCUUCUUGGUUUUACCGGUGAAACCGAUGCGGGGCUUAUCGAGUUAUCAAAAGGGUGUCCGAAACUGCAGAAACUGGAAAUGAGAGGGUGUGGUUUUAGUGAACACGCGCUUUCUACUUUUGUGCUUAAUGUACCUUCGUUAAGGUAUUUGUGGAUUCAGGGUUAUCGUGCAAGUGAAAACUGUAGUGGAAUAUUGGCAAUGGCUCGCCCGUUUUGGAAUAUGGAGUUGAUUAGCUCUGAAGGAAUCGACAGUGCACCUGGGAAUUCGGAACAACAGCAACCACCGUCUUUGCUUGCGUAUUAUUCACUUGCUGGUCAACGAACGGAUUUCCCAGAAACGGUUCUUCCUCUACACCCACCUGCGAAUCUUCAUUAACAAAUUGGUCUUGUUUCUUGGUUUGAUUGAAGAUGAUAUGCUGCUUUAAAGAAAGGCCCGUUUGGUCAUUUUCAAUUUGAUUACUGAAGUGAAGAUCUGAGUGACUAUCUUCAAGAUUCAAGAUUAAUCAAAGAUUGCGAUUAUGUUGCGCGUUACAGGACCAGAAUCGAAAAGAAGAUCAUGGAUUCUAUAAUUCAAGCAUGUUCCGUGUAAGAUUCUAUCGUUUGUGGAUUUGUUUCUUUUUCUUUUCAUAAAGUUCUAAACUUUUAGAUUAUCCAUUUUGAUUUUCUUUUGUGUGGUCUCAAUGUGGUCAAAAGAGUCGAAUAAAGUCAAUGUUGGUACAAAGUUUGCAGGAAAAAGUUAGCGAAUUGCAAUGCCUUAGUAUA